AUGGCUCGUGCGGCGGCGCCCCUGCCGCUGCCGCCGCUGUCCGCCAGGGAGCCCCGCCACGUCUGCGACAGGUCCGUCGAGGACCUGGAGGCUGCGGUGCGACAGGUUCCCGUCAGACGCCCAGCCGCGCAAGCCCGGCCCGCGGGCGCGCCGCAGACGGCGCGGGGGCUCCUCGAGGUGAACAGGGCGCUGAUCGAGGAGAAGAAGGAGAAGAAGGCCCUGCAGAGGCAGAGCUCCCGCGAGGAGUUCGAGCGGCUUCUUGAGCGGAACCGCGCUACGACGGAGAGCGAGAAGUCGCGCGCGCUCACCAGGCGCAUCGCCGAGCGAGAGCUCGCGCAGUGCUACAAGUCGAAGAUAGGCGAGAAGGAGAAGACCAGGACCCACGCCUACAGCGAGAAGCUGGCGAACGCCACGUCCAGCGAGCACUGGCCGUUCAACGAGGGGGAGACCAUCGACAGGGUGCGCGGCGAGAAGGGCCGCGCGCUGCAGCAGGAGAUGCGGGGCUACCUGCAGGAGCAGCGCCGGCAGCACCCUCCGCGCGCGGAGUUCGACCCCCUGGUGGCACACAACCCCACCAAGGUGCCUAUCAUCCAGUACCCCGUGUCCCCGCGGCAGGGCCUCCCGGCCAUCGCCCAGCCGCCGCUUGAGAGCCAGGCCACGUCCCUGCACUGGGACCCGGGCAAGGACAGCCACCUCAGCGGGCACCCGCGCUUCCUGCAGCGGGCGGCGAAGCCUUCCGGCAGGCGCCCGCAGUCCGACGCCGCGGCCCUCGCCGCAAGGACCCUCGAGGAGAAGGUGGCGCAGACGAAGCGGGAGCUGGAGGCCACAUCGGCCCGCCUGGUCGCACAGCAGCUAGACAGCCAGGACAGCUUGAUGGUCAACGACGCCCUCAAAUACGACAAGGACCGGUCCAAGGCCGCCGAGAGGAGGAGGAACGCCGAGUUCCAGCGGAGGCAGAUGGAGGAGAAGCAGCACAAAGCCAUGCAGGAGGCGGCCGAGGCAAAGGGGAAGUGCGUCGGCUAUUGGGGACCCGAGGAGAAGCCCCUGCAGGAUUCGAGCGUCGCUCGGGUCCACUGCGGCGAGCUCAUCCAGCAGAUGGAGGUGGACCACCAGCGGAGGAACCUGCAGCGCGGAGUCAGCCUGCGCGAGGAGAAAAAGAUCUUGAGCAAUGCCCUGCAGGAGAUGGUGAAAGACCGCAGCAUGGAUCAGCAGAGGGCGAGGGAGGAGAGGUCCGUGCUGACCACGACGUGGGGAAACCAGCGGAAAAUACUGGAGGCGAAGAGGAGGGUCGCCCCCUAG